CCCGCACCUGUGGGUGGACGCGCAGAGCACGUGCGAGAGGGAGUGCAGCUCUGACCAGGAUAGGAUAGGGUCCUCCACUGAGAGGGUCCUUCCACCAAGAGGGUUCUUCACUGAUUAAGUUCUUUACUGAUUGAGUUUUUCCACCAACUGCUGGGUUUCAGUCACGUGACUUUUCUCAGCAGUUUUACCGGAAGUGAAAUAGCUGGUGGUCUAAACGGCCGCUGUAGUGCAAACAACUUGCGAUAACUUAUCAGCGUACGCUCAUAAUCUAGAAGCCACUGCUGGCUUUAGAUCUAUUCAGAAGAUCGCUAUGUGCAAUGGAAUCGACCCCUACAGUCUGGGAAAGAAGGAUUUGUCAUACGAUCUCAAAAACUACCCUUCAGUCGAGUUCCCCGACAUCUCCAACUAUCUGGUGUUGCAGACGUCCUUCUACACCGCGAAACAGAUGAAAGCGUGGAAGAGUAUGGAGGCUUACAACUGUUCUGUAUGUGGCUGGGUAAAGGACCUCGGGAUCAAGUCGCUGCCCAGUGAAUCCUGGAUUGUUUUUGCCCGUAUAAGGAUGUGUGUGGGUUUUUUUUAAGCUUUUCGUUCACAUCUUUACAACGAUGCGCUGCAAGUUGAAGUGUAAACAAACAACAGUUGGCUUGAUUCUCACUGGUGUUGGCUCUUAUCUCUCAGCUAAAUCAUUCACAAAGAUCAUCAGAAACCCCUUUAAAGACCUGGAUCUUAGUUAAACAAGAUGGAGAAGUGAUCACGGCGCAUUGUAACUGUACGGCUGGGGAAGAAUUUUGUCAUGACCUUCAUGCAUAUGGACUUUGACUGUGCUGUCUUUGAAAAAUGUUGCACAAAUGUGUGUGGUCUGCUCAGCUGCGUGGCAGGUCGUUUCUCAGAUGAUUCGUCCCCAUCCCUUGCUGCUCCUGAUGGCCAACCAGGUACAAAUGUGUCCUUUGUGGGUGGGGCCAGCUGCGAUGGCUUCCUGUGCAGUCAGCAGGGAGCGGAGUGUGUGAUGUGGGCAGGUCAGCCGGUGUGUAAGUGUCAGGAUCGCUGUGAGAGUGAGCCCAGCUUCACCUGUGCCUCUGAUGGCCUGACGUACUUCAACCGGUGUUACAUGGAUGCUGAAGCGUGUGUUCAGGGUGUGACACUCACUGUGGUCACAUGCCGAUAUCACCUGUACGCAAGCCCCACCCCAUCAGAUACCACAGUCCCACCCACACCCACUUCCUCUGCCCCUUUCCCUCCUACUCUCUACUCCAACCCCCAGCACCGGAUUGUUUACCUGGGUGGAACCAUCAGCUUCCACUGCGAUGUGAUUGGACAUCCGAAGCCUGACAUCACCUGGGAAAAGCAAUCAGAGCGUCAGAUCAUGCGGCCAGAUCAGAUGUAUGGUAAUGUCGUAAUCACAAACAUUGGGCAGCUCGUUGUGUACAACGCACAGGUGUUUGACACGGGAAUUUACACCUGUGUUGCUCGCAACUCUGUUGGUGUUCUACGUGCUGAUUACCCUCUGUCAGUCGUUCGGCGUGAUGAACGUGACAUCUUUGAGGACUCUGAAGUGGGACUGGACCUUCCCGAGCGGCCGUUUUCUCUGUCUGACUGCUUACAGAGUGUAGAACGAGGAGAGUGUGGUGAGAGCCAUGUGGACUGGCAUUACGAUGCGGUGCUUGGCUCCUGCAAGCCCUUUACACACGGAGGGUGUCUGCGUGGGAGGAAUAGAUUUGAGACGUAUGAGGAGUGUCGGACAUCCUGUGAGCGUGAGGAGUUGGUCGUGUGCAACCUUCCAGCUGUACAAGGCCCCUGCAGGAACUGGGAGCCCCGUUGGGCUUACAACGUCGUCACCAAGUUAUGCCAGGCUUUUGUCUAUGGAGGUUGUCGUGGGAACAGCAACAACUUCCGCUCGAGGGCAGAGUGCGAGGCGAGCUGCCCACAUCAGCGGUCACAAGCAUGCAGGAGCUGCAGGCCAAAGGGCAGGCUGGUGCCGAGUCUGUGCCGCAGUGACUUUGUCAUCGUAGGUCGUCUCACAGAGCUGAUUGAGGACCUGAACUCGGGAAUUGCUCGCUUUAGCCUGGAGCAGGUACUGUGGGAUGAGAAGAUGGGCCUGAAGCAGUUCAAGGCACGAUAUCUGGAGGUCACGCUGGUCCGCAUGGACUGGAGCUGCCCGUGUCCCAACAUCACCAUGCAGGAAGAGAGCCCCCUGCUGGUGAUGGGGGAAGUACAGGAAGGCAUGGCCAUGGUGCUGCCUGACAGUUAUGUGAGACCCAUGUCUGACCGCAGGGUGAAGAAAAUCCAGGAUGUUUUGGCCAAGAAGACUUGUGAGAUGCUGCAGAGGUUUCAGGACUGAGUUUGUGUAUUCUUAACUUUGUACACCCUUCACUGGACCUUUACAGGUGCUGAUAUUACAUCUCUAAAACAUCACAGUAAUACUUAUGGAGUAAUGAUGAUGUAAUUUAAACAUUAUUCCAACUGAUCUGCCUCUCCUGUUGUUCAGGUGUUCAUGUUCAUCAUUUAUGAGCAGAAUUAUUGCCUUUCUUUUUGUGUGGACAAUAUGGAGGAAAACAUGGAGGACGUCUAGCGUAAAAAAGUGGACAGAUUUUUAUCUUGACAUAAACAUGUAGGCAGCUAACUACAAGUGAUUUGAACCUCUCUCUCUGUGCAUGUGUGUGUGCUAAGUCCAGAGGUAAUUCUGAAUUAGAAUGUACAUCGUGUUUCUCUGAGUUUCUCAGUGUGUUUAAGCUACUGAAAUUCUUCAUGACAAUAAAAACAGUAACUACAGCAGGUGACUGGGGAGCCACACACUCAAUAACGGUGAUGUACAGGAGUAACGUACUGCGAAUAUUACAGAUAUGUUUUGUGUUUUCAAUCUUUACUUUGAAAUGCAGUGUAUAGCCCUGUGUUUCCACAAGUGCGUGUGAACGGUUGUGAUCAGGAAACAAGCUACAAGCAACACUCCACUGUGCUCAUGUGAAUGUAGAGUUUUAUAGUCUGUAUGGAAUGUGAUAUAAAGUAAACUUUUCCAGUC